AUGAGCUGUGAGGAGGGCGAGAUGUUGCCAGCGGCGGCGGCGGGGCCGCUGGACGACGACGACCUGCUCUCCGAGAUCCUCCUCCGCCUCCCGCCGCUCCCGUCCUCCCUCCCCCGCGCCUCAGCCGUCUGCAAGCGCUGGCGCAGCCUCGCCUCCGAUCCAGCCUUCUCCUGUCGCUUCCGCCUCCACCACCGCCGCAACCCUCCACUACUCGGCUGCUUCCACACAGGUGCCGAAGGCAUAUCCUUCGAGCCUACUCUUGAGGCCACCGAUCGUGUUCCGCCCGGGCGCCUCUCCUUGCAGUCCGACCGCGGCGACCUCUGGUUCCUCGGGUGCCGCCAUGGCCUCGUAUUAAUCUUCGGCAAGACACGGCUGCAGUUCAUGGUGUGGGAUCCCGUCACAGGCCACCAGCACUACAUAGCCCACCCGCCGGGGUUGGGUGUGAACAAGUACAUGAUCAACGGGGCGGUGCUCCGCUCAUCUGCCGGGGACGUCCACUUCCAGGUUGUCUUGGUAGCGAUACACGAUGGACGAGCGCUCGCCCGCGUUUACUCAUCAGAGACCAGGUUGUGGGGCAAUCUCAUCACAACGCCGAUUACAUCCAUAUCCAAGAAGAAUUUUCUGACAUAUGUUUCUAUGGAGCCCGCUGUGCUGGUUGGGCAUGCUCUUUACUGGAUGCUCUCUGGAACUACGCAUAUCCUCGAGUUUGAUUUGGAGAGGGAGAGCCUAGCCGUGACACGGAUGCCAGUGUAUUUGUCUGGUGCCAUGUGGCUCAAACUCAUGCCGGCAGAUGAUGGUAAGCUGGGUAUCCUCUAUGUGUCAGGCUUCACCGCCCAGUUAUGGAAGAGGAACACUGACUGUCAGGGUGUUGCUUCAUGGGGGAUGGGAACAACUAUUGAACUGGACAAGCUACUUUCUCUUGAUCCAAGGGCGGACGUUGUAAUUAUAGAGGGGAUUGCUGAGGACACUCAUUUGGUGCUCCUGAAGACCGCUACCAGCCUCUUCACGCUCAAGCUUGAGCCAUUAGAGUUCAAGAAACUUUUUGACACCAAAAUAUGCCAUCGCUAUUAUCCAUUUGAAAGUGUCUAUGCAGCAGGUACCUACAAUUGUAUCCCGGUUUGCUGA